AUGGACAAUACCAACUGGACCACUGUUUCCCAGUUUGUUCUCUUGGGCAUUUCUACCCACCCAGAGGAACAAAUUCCACUCUUUCUUCUCUUUCUACUCAUGUAUACAAUCAACGUUUCUGGAAAUUUUGCCAUCAUCAUGCUAAUUAUCUCUUCUCCUCGCCUUCACACCCCCAUGUAUAUCUUCCUUAGUAACUUGGCUCUGGCAGACAUCUGCUUCACCUCUACCACAGUCCCCAAGAUGCUACAGAAUAUUUUCUCCUCUACAAAGACCAUUUCUUACAUGGGCUGUCUAGCCCAGACUUAUUUCUUCAUUUGCUUUGGAGCCACUGAAAACUUCCUCUUGGCUGUGAUGGCCUAUGACAGGUAUGUGGCCAUCUCCCGUCCUCUGCGCUACCCCACCAUCCUGACAAAAGUGCUGUGUGCACAGAUGGUGGUCAUGUGCCAUGUUCUCUCCCAUCUCCAUGCCCUGCUGCACACCCUUCUCAUGGGCCGGCUGAUCUUCUGUGCAGACAGCAGGAUCCCUCACUUCUUCUGCGACCUCUACCCUCUGAUGAAGAUCUCCUGCACCAGGACCCACCUCAACACCUUGAUGAUUCACACAGAAGGUGUGAUUGUCACCAAUGGAGCCCUGGCCUUCAUCCUUGUCUCCUAUGCCUGUAUCAUCUCAGCAGUCCUCUCCAUCCCCUCUGCCAAGGGAAAGUGGAGAGUCUUCUCUACCUGUGGCUCCCACCUCACCGUUGUGGCCAUAUUCUAUGGCACCCUCAUCUGGGUUUACCUCCGGCCCCUUUCCAGCUACUCAGUGGCCAAGGGGCGCAUUGUGACAGUCAUGUACACAGUGGUCACACCCAUGCUGAAUCCCUUCAUCUAUAGCCUGAGGAAUGGUGAUGUCCAGGGGGCCUUCAGAAAACAGAUGAGAAGAAUAUAUGUUUCUUUCUUUGGAUAA